AUGAAAGCGAUAAACAAGUUAUUGAUGCAGAACUUGACAAAUUAUAUGAACAAAAUUCUAAAAGAAAUAGUAAUGUCUGAAGAUGAAUCAGAACUUAAGAAACAUGGCUACAGUCUUGGAUCAACGCUCGGAGAAGGAUCAUACGCUAAGGUUAAGGCGGCAUUUAGCGAAAAAUUACAGAAGCGCGUUGCCAUAAAAAUAAUCAACCGAAAGAGGGCUCCGAAAGAUUUCAGAGAGAAGUUCCUACCGCGUGAACUAAAAAUUUUGGCUUCGAUAAAAAAUGUGAACUGUGUCCAGAUGCAUGAAAUUAUCGAACUAAAUAAUAAGAUUUUCAUAGUAAUGGAGCAUGCCGGGCAUGGUGAUCUGUUAGAAUAUAUUAAACUACGUGGCGCCAUACCGGAAGACAGAUCAAAGAUUUUAUUUCGACAGAUAGUUGAAGGAGUUGAUUAUUUACAUAAACAUCACAUGGCGCACAGAGAUUUGAAGUGUGAAAAUUUACUGUUAGAUAAUUCAAACAAUAUCAAACUUUCCGAUUUCGGAUUCUCUCGAUUCUUUGACUCGGGAGAUAUGAGCAGAACUUUUUGUGGUAGUGCAGCUUACGCAGCUCCAGAAAUUUUGCAAGGCAUAACUUACCAUAUACCUCUACACGAUGUUUGGAGUAUGGGCGUUAUCCUUUAUAUCAUGGUGUGUGCAUCCAUGCCGUAUGACGAUUCCAAUAUAAAACGAAUGAUAAGAGAUCAGCUCGAGAGGAAGGUCGGGUUUUCAAAAUCAAAGAAAAUUUCACAUGAAUGUAAAGAUUUGAUUCACAAAAUUCUAGAAGUCAAUGUAAAAAAACAACAAUAG